AUGCCAUUUUUUCCAUUCAAGCACCUUUUCUCCCCUCGCACAGAAGCCUACGAGCCUCUUCUAAACCCCAAUAACAAUGACAAGGACAGCAACAAUCUCGACUCUCCUCACUCUCCUCCUUUCUCUGACGCUCGGGUCACUCCUCGCUUUCUCAGCCGGUCAAAUGAUAACAACUCUAAGGUCGACAAAACCCUUCUCAUUCUCUCCGCACUUCUCGCCCUUCUUUCUGUCGUCUCCGCCAUAGCACUCAUCAAUAUUACCACCGUGAACAUACAAUGGCCUACUAAUCCCAGCGGCUUGGAGGUUCUCUCGUCUUACACAAAUAUGGAGAAGGAGUUGAUGCAUGAGAUAAAAAUGGAGAAAGGACAUCCGAAGACAUGGUUCCCCGCCGCUAUGGUACGCGUCAAUUCUGCGGAGCCCGAUAGGGCCUACGGAGCGAGUAGUCGUAUCGUUCUCAGCGUGAUAGAUACGAUGUUCUACCGCUGGCGCGGCCGCCCCGUCCCCGGCUCCACCUGCUAUAUCUUUGCAGCCGUUCCCCCUCCCUCGAUCCUCUCAGACCCUCUCAGAAACCCCAACGCCACAAAAUGGUUCUCCCUCUCUGGCGACGCAUCCGCCGUCCAGAUCUGGAACGUCACUCGUCCCGCGUCGCACACCGCUUUUGACUCCAUGACGUGGAACACGCGACCUCGACGCACAGAGCUGUUGGGCACGGUGAACUGGACCGUUGAUUGGACAGUAUGGCGCGACAUCGACGAGAACGCCGAGGGCAUGAAUUUGAAGACGGGGAACCAUGGAGAGGGGUGGCAGUUGGUGGAUCCGACGCCGAGGUUUCCGUGUGAGACGGCUGGAGGAGAGAUAAUGGUCGAGAUUGCGUGCGUUGGUUAUGAUGCCGAAGAGACACCUUGCAGGUUGGAGUUUGACCAGUUAUUCACUGAUCCGAUGCUUGCUUUCGAUAUUCAGCAGCUUGCUUAA